AUGGAGAGGGAGGAGGGCGGUCACGGCGCUGCCCAUCGCCGUCCAAGCCGCCGCCUCCUCGCCCGCCGCCAUCAAGCCGCCCUCCUCCUCGAGCCCGAAGCCGUUCGAGCCGCCCGCACCCGUGACGCCAAGUGCCGACCCGCUCGCUCCCUCGCCUUCGACUUGCAGAUCCCGCGUUCGUCAAACCCCCCGCCGCACCGCCAAGACUCCUGCAAGCCCGAGGCCCCGCCUCUUGUCGAGACCCCUCUCCCGAGUCCUCCUCGGCUCCGACGCCCGCCAGAUCCGCUCCGAGCCUCCUCCGAGCGAAGCUACCUUCGCUCCUUGCCCGCCACUCCGCCCGUGCCGCUCGACCACAACCCGACGCCACUUUGCUCGGCCUCGUCAUUGCACUCUCUUGCUCGAGCACCGAGAUCCGCGAGCACCGCGCCACCCACCGCGCGCCUCCGCCGGUCACCGCCGCUCAAGCCCCGCACCGCCCGUGCCUCCGCGCCCGCUGUUCUGCCCCUGCGACGCCAACCUUACUUGUUCGCUCUCGCGGCCUCCGACAACGCGAGUCCACCUCCGCGCGCCAGCAAAUCUGCCUCCGAGGCUCCCGCAGCUCGAAGCCCGCGCGCCCCUUUCGCCGCUGCUCGACGCCACAGCCCGCACCGCCGCCCCUACGACGCCGCCAACACCAGCGCCCGACCCUCUUUCGUUGCGCGACUGCCGCACUGUCGCGGCCGCCCCCGCUCGCCGCACCACCUCCGUCCGGUGCACGCCACUCCUUCCAUCCCGUCGCGGCACCAAAGACACGCGCCGUUGCUGCCCGUGCCGCCGCCACCAGCUGCGCCGCCGCCGUCGCCGCCAUCGCUGCCCGGUGUCGGUGCCGCCAAGAAGCCUUGGUGA